AUGUUAAGUGUAAGCAGUAUGCCAAAUACUGUCUCUCUACUAAGUAGAGAACUUCGUAGUCUAAGUUUGGGAUCAAUAGACACGUCCCACGCAAGUGAAUAUGCUUCCAGUAGUUCUACUAGUACUGAGGCAGCUACAUCGACAGCUACUGGUACGAUCAGUCACUCCGCUUUGGUUGGCACGACCUCUUCUACUGAGCCAGCUACAUUGGCAUCUACUGGCAUGACCAUUUCAUCCGCUUUGGUUGGCACGACCUCUUCUACUGAGCCAGCUACAUCAGCAAGAUACAACGCUUUCACAAGCCAUGCUAGUGUAUUUAUUUCCACAACAAUUGGUAGAUCUGAUGACACAAGUCCAUCCGGACCUACUUCUACUACAAGACAUCAUAAACCAUCUACAACUCAUACCACUUCUGAUUCAAGAAUCCAAGAAAGCGCACGUUUCUCAACUAUGAGUAAGAUAACUGCUUCUUUGAGCUCACAUGACUUUAAUAUCAUGAUCAAAAGUCACUCGACACAAUCAUCAAAUGGUGCAACUACUACACCUAUAAUAGGUUCAAACACACCAGUCCCAAGUCUGGACACCAAUGUCGAAUAUAGUGAUAGAACAAGGGCAACAACAACAUUAGGUACAUCUUUUGCUACCGUUUUGCAAGCAAGUGCUAAUAAUAAUGUCGUCAAUAUAUUUGGUACGUCCCUUUACUUCAUUUUAUACUCAAUUCUAAUGUAA